AUGAGCGGCACUGCGCAAACAACCGACUAUCGUUUGAUUCCAAACAAUACCCACAAAUGGUGGUUCCUUGAUCCUUGCCUGCGAUGGAACAUGUUACAUUGCAUGGGUCUCUGUGGCGCAAUGUUCUUCAAUGGAUACGAUGGAAGCUUGUUCAAUGGCCUUCAGUCUAUAUCUGAAUGGACUGAAUAUUUCAAUCACCCUAGCUCUACUAUUCUCGGGCUCAUGAACUCUGCUGGAUUCUUACCAGGCUGCUUGGCAAGCUUUUUUGGGGAUGCAAUGCAGCACUUCUUCGGAAAACGUACUACGGUCUGGGUUAGCUCAGUCAUUGCACUGGUAGGCGUGAUUGUGAUAUCUGUUUCAACAUCCGUUGGCAUGUUUUGUGGAGGUCGGGCGAUUAUGGGAUUUGGAACAUCCGCAGCUCUCGCUGUGGCCCCAGCACACCUACAGGAGAUUGCGCAUCCUCGUUAUCGAGCACCAGUUAGCGCAUUCUUCACUGCGAUAUACUACCUUGCUGCCAUCAUAUCGUCCGCUGUUUGUCUUGGCUGCCUCGGAAUUGUCGGCGAAAUGGCUUGGCGCAUUCCAGCUUGGCUCCAAGUAUGCGGUCCCUCUGUGACUCUGAUUCUUACGGCAACUAUGCCAGAAUCUCCAAGGUGGCUUGUCAGGAAUAGACGUCUGGAGGAUGCACGUAAAGUUCUAGUCAAGUACCAUGCCAAUGGGUUAGAAGACGACCCUCUGGUUGACUAUGAAUUCCGCGAAAUUUGCGCUGCGAUCGAGGAGGAGCAAAACGCGAAGCAAAUCAAGUACACUGACUUCCUACGGACACCAGGCAAUCGUCACAGACUUAUGAUUCUUAUUGUACAAGGUAUUAGCAUGAAUUGGGUUGGAAACGGAAUAAUUUCGUACUAUUUGUCUCCAAUUCUUACAUCCCUGGGCAUUACAUCGACAAGGGAACAGUUGACGAUACUUACAUGCCUCCAUGUGUGGAACUUGAUAAUUGCAACAUCAGCCUCUGUUUUCAUUGAUAAGGCCGGUCGACGCCCAUUGUGGCUAUCUGCAACAGCGGGUCAGCUUCUGAGUCUCGUAGCCGUGAUGGGACUCUCGGCUGCUUACAGCCAUGGUGUAGAGAAGGCUGGUGUUGCUGUCAUCCCUUUCUUCUUCAUAUUUUAUGGAUCCUAUGAUAUCGCAUAUUCGCCAAUGUCUUACUCCUAUCCGGUCGAAAUCCUGACAUUCUCGAUGAGAACCAAGGGAGCUGCAAUUUAUAUUACCAUAAGUACUCUGGCCGUUGCUCUGAACACUUGGGUGAAUCCUAUUGCCCUUGCCGCACUUGCAUGGAAAUAUUAUGGAGUCUACAUUGCUAUCAAUGCUGUCCUGAUCGUUAUAAUCUACCUCGGCUUUCCGGAAACUAAAAAUCGCACAAUUGAAGAGGUCGCCAUUAUCUUUGAUGGUGAUCGUGCUAUUGCUGAGGCUUACAAUGCGAGCGGAGAGAACGGAGAUGCCCGUUCUUCGUCUAUCGAGAUCAGAGAAGAGAGUGAAGCAAAGGAGUAA